AGAUAAAGACUUGACUAUCUUCUUGUGGCAACUUAAUAUAUUACUUUGACAACUUAGUUUUGAUCUUUCUCUCUUCUCUUCUAUAACUUGUCCACAUAGGAUACUAUUUCUCCCUAGAAUUCCAAAGAAACACAUCUUCAAGGAAGAUGAUAAAGAUCUGAACCUUGAUCAUAACUUUGCAUGCAUGGCUAGCCAAAGAAUUGGAGAAAUUGGUUUGUCUGAGUCUGGACCUUCAAGUCAACAUGUCCCUUAUGGAGUUCUUCAUGGAAUUACUACCUCAACAUCACCCUUAAUGAAUCAAGGGUCUGCUUUUAAUUUUGGAGAGCUAGAAGAGGCAAUUGUUCUUCAAGGAAUCAAGAUAAGAAAUGAUGAAGGAAAAGCAUCUGCUUUAUUUACAAGCAAACCAGCAGCUACACUUGAAAUGUUUCCUUCAUGGCCAAUUAGAUUCCAACAAACACCAAGAGUUGUAGCUUCUCUCACUUCUCCAUCUCUGACCAUUCCUUAUGGAGGUUCAAAAUCAGGAGGAGAAAGUACUGAUUCAGGAUCAACAGAGCUACAAUUUGAAACAAAUUCUCCAAUAAGUGUAAAAGCAUCUUCUUCAGAUCAUCAUAAUCAUGCUUUUCAACAGGAGACAGCAACUGAUGAUGGAUUAAGAACAGGCACAUCAACACAGAAUCAAUCAAAAGCCAAAUCACCUCAACAAAAGAAAAAAGGAGCUGUUUCCACAUCAGAAAAGACACUUGAUCCAAAGACACUGAGACGUUUGGCACAAAACAGAGAAGCUGCAAAGAAAAGCCGUCUGAGGAAAAAGGCUUAUGUACAGCAGCUGGAGUCAAGUAGAUUAAGGCUAUCCAGUCUCGAACAAGACCUUCAAAGAGCACGCUCCCAGGGACUAUUCUUGGGUUGUGGUGGUGGCAAUAUAAGCCCUGGAGCUGCAAUGUUUGACAUGGAGUAUGCAAGAUGGCUAGAAGAAGAUCAACGACACAUGGCGGAGCUUAGGGCGGGGCUGCAGGCAUCAUUGGGAGAUAAUGAAUUGAGAGUGAUCGUAGACGGAUAUCUUUAUCAUUACGACGAGCUUUUCCGAUUGAAGGAGGUGGCUGUUAAAUCAGAUGUUUUUCACCUUAUUAAAGGCAUUUGGGCUUCACCUGCUGAGAGACCCUUCAUUUGGAUAGGUGGUUUCAGACCCUCAGAACUCAUCACGAUGUUGACACAACAAUUGGAGCCCCUAGCUCAGCAACAAAUAGAUGGGAUAGUGGACCUGAAUACUUCAUCGUUUCAAGCAGAAGAAGCUCUCUCUAAAGGCCAUGAACAGCUCCACAAUGCUCUUGUUCACACCAUCGCCGGAGGGCCUGUAAUUGACGGUAUGCAACAGAUGGUCGCCGCCAUGGGCAGGAUUUCCAAUCUUGAAAAAUUUGUUCAUGAGGCCGAUAAUUUGAGACAACAAACGCUUCACCAAUUAUGUCGAAUAUUGACGGUUCGUCAAGCGGCAAGAUGUUUCAUUGUUAUUGGAGAGUAUUAUGGACGCCUUCGAGCCCUUAGCUCUCUUUGGGCUUCAAGACCACGAGAGAACAUGAUCAAUGAUGAUAACUCAUGCCAAGCAACCACAGAAUUGCAAAUGGUUCAACCUUCUCAUAGUCAUUUCUCAAGUUUCUGAAAUAUAUAAUAUAUCAUAUAUAUAAUUAAUGUAAUUGAUACUAAUUAUUAGUUAAUUAGCCUAAAAGCUGCUUUUGCAAGUGGAUAUCUUUGGGCUGCUUUAGAAGAAGGAAAGGGAUGUCAUCAAGAAUAUAUAUUUAUUUUCUUAGGUUUUUUAUAAUUAAAAAUAUUUUACCUCUUUGUGUCUCUAUGAUUUAUUGUAAAUAAUGGGAUAUAUUCGGAGUUUUAUGUGAAUGAUGAUGAGGAUUCUACUUGAGCUAAUGAAAUGUAGCUAGAGUGCAUUAAAUUAA